AUGUCCAAAAAGAAAAAGGGCUUAUAUUUCAUAGAAUAGAUUCUCGAUUACAAACAAUACCAAGGAUAAAAAUACUAUCUUGUUAAAUGGUAGGGCUAUAACAACAGAGAUUGUACAUGGGAAAAACCUGAGAAGAUUCCCAAUUUGACCUAAUAUUUGAAUGAAUAUGAAUAGAAUGUCAAAAAUUUAGGAUCCAAUUUUUAUCAACUUGAGAACGAUGAACCUCCACAACUAGAAGAUUUCAUAGGAGUGCCUAGUCAAUAAAAACAAUCUGUAUUGCAAUAAUAAUAAGAAUAAAUAAAGAAACUUCAGGAUUAAGUGAGUUAAUUAAAACAGGAAUUAAACCAAGUUAAAAAACAGUAGGAAGAUAUCUUAUAGAUGAUGCAGACUCUUCCUCAAGAUAAGAAAACAUAACCAUCAAAUUAAUAGCAGGAUUCUGAGAUUAUCUAGGAUUCUGUUUCUGAAUUAUCUCAAAAAAAUACUGAAGUCAAAUUACCAAAUGAGGGAGGGUUCGAAUAUGGAGAUCAAUUGGAUAAAAUAGGUUAGGCCGCAUAACUCAAAUAAACAGGCAUCAAAAUGUAUUAUUUGUUGUGGCAAAAGCGAUCUAAUGGUACUCAUGAAUCUAAGACAUUAGGUAUAAUACCAAAGAAUCGAUGGGUGAGCAGUGAGUAUCUGUAAAAACAUGAUAUCAAGUCAUUGUGUUACUAUCUAUAAAAAAAAUUAUAAUGA